GUUUCGUAAUUUUAAUCAUAAUAUUCACAUGAAUCAUAGAUAAAUGAAUUCAAUACAAUUUACUGAGCAGCAACAAGUAGAAAAUGUAAAUUCAAUAGCUCCUUUAAAAAGAACUCGGGCUAAAAGAAGCUGUGAUUUUUGUCGAAAAAGAAAGUCUCGAUGUGAUGCUGAUAAUUCAAUACCUUGUUCAAACUGUAGAGCUGUAACAUUUACUAUAUUAAAUAAAUAGACAAUAUACACAGCCAUUCACCUUUUAUUUAUUUAUUUAUUAGUGGGGUUAUGAAUGCAAAUUUCAGAUCGUUAGAAAGAAACGUGGACCACCUAGUGUCUAUGUUGAUAACUUGGAAAAGAAAUGUAAAAAGAUGGAAUCACUCUUAGUUGCCCUGACGAAAUGUUCAAUAAAAGAUCUCGAAAAAAAUGAUUUUCAAUAUGCUGAUUAUAUUCACUCCAUGUCUAAUAAUCUUUCUGAUUCUUCCUCAGAAAAUAAUGAUGACGAAAAUGACUUUGAUCAAAUACUAAUGAAAAAAGAUUAUGACUCGAUGAAAUAUUCAGGUCAGUCAUCAGUAGAUUUAAGUUUAUUUAAUAAUGAUCUAUUCAAAAUUCAAUCAACCAUACCAUGGCCUGGAAGAGAAGAUAUCACUUUAAAACUCAUGUCACAAGACGAAUUAUUGAUUGUUCGUACCGAAAAGUCACCUACAACAGGUAAAUCUGAUAUGUUAUUAGACAUUGGAUUAUCUAUGGGCACUUUUCUUUUUAAUAAAUCAAAUAGCCUAAUUGCGAGUCCAAAAAGGCCAUCUCAAUAUCAAAAUGAUAAAAUAAUUGACAUAUAUUUUAGCCAUAUACAUCCUCUUUUUCCUAUUGUCCAUAAAGAGAAGUUUUUAAAACAAUACCGUGAUACAGUAACAAAUGGGAAAACACCUUCUAUUUUAAUACAGUCUGUACUUGCUUUAACUUUUCGAUUUGUUGCUCAACGACUACCAGAUACAAUCAAGGAUGCUGAUAAAUUUGCUGAUUUUUAUUUUAGAAAAGUAAUGAAGCGCUUACGUAAUAUUGGUCGUUCAAGACUAUGUUAUGUUCAAGCAGCUCUCUUAGUGGCUCUCUAUUUAGAUACAGAUGAUGGGGAUGUUGAGUCAAUCCAAUGGCUUACAGUAGGUAUAGCUAUUCGAAUGGCUCAAGAUUUGGGCUUACAUCGUUCUUGUUCAAAAUGGAAAUUACCUCGUAAUGAAAUUGAGACACGACAUCGUGUAUUUUAUGCUUGUUAUGUCAUCGAUCGCUGGUUUGGUGCAAAAAAUGGGAAACCUUUAACGAUAUUAGAUAGAGACUUCGAUACAGAUAUGCCUUCUCCUUAUGAAAUGACUAUAGAUGAUACAGCACAAAAGGGUCCUCCUAUACAUCAAAGUUUUAUUUUGUUAAUUAAAUUAUCAGAAAUAUUGGGAAGAAUUUUAAAAUCAUUUUACUCUCCUAAUGCUAAGACAGCUAAUUCAAAUAUUGGGCAUGAUGAUUCAACUAUACUAGCUGCAUUUGAACGUCGCUUGGAGAAUUGGAAAAUUUCAUUGGAUGAACCCCUUAACGGUGUUUAUUUAUCUGAAUUAGAUAAAGUAAAUUUAAACCUAUUUUAUAAUACGGUCGUUUUACUUUUAUAUCGACCAUUUAGUCAAUUAUGUGUCAUAAAAUAUCCAAAUCUAAAGCCGAAUGUUGCAGCUUCGAAUGAAUUUUGUACAAAUGCAGCAAAUCAGAUAUUAAAUAUAAUUCAUCAACGUCAAUUCUAUAAAUCGGAUCCUGCUUAUUAUCAAAUUUUUUUUAUACCUUCGCUUUACAUCUAUGCUUUGUUUCAGUCUUCUCUAGUAUGUUUAUAUAAUGUUUUACAGAAUCAGUCUAUACAAACGGUACAAAUUCUUUAUCAGUCCAUUGACUUACUCAAAAUAGACGCUGAUAUGCAACCAGCUUCUCGUGCUGUAGAAAUCCUUCAUAUGUUGAUUUCUAUCAAUGGUUUAAAUAUAGCAAUGGAAAAUAAUAGUAAUGCAAGCCCAAUCAAAGAGGAAACAACAAACACAAUUUUGUCUCCUACUUCUACUACUACUACUAAUAUUACACCAAGUACAAGUACCAGCACAGCUAGCCCUGCUUCUAGUACAUUUACUACCACUAAUCCCACUACGUACAAUAAUAGUUAUAUCGAUCAAACGCUCACAGAACAUCCCAAAUCAAAGUAUAUUCAGCGUCGAAUGACGAAUACAGGUGUUAUUGGUGGUAUUACACCUAAUAUUCAAUCUGAUCUAGGUAUCUUUAUGACUUAUCCUUAUGAACAUAAACAACCUAUUGACACGUAUAGUAUACCAAACUGCCCAAUUUAUAACAACAAUAAUGGUAUAAGUAGUAAUAAUUUACGACAAACCUAUUCUCAUCAACGCUCAAUCUCUCUUGAUCAACUAAACCAUCAUCAUCAUCAUUCACGCCCUACUUCACAAGAUUGUAGACAUAUUUCAAAUAUAUCUUCUCGAAAUACAUUGCAACCACUUGUAACUAAUAGGAACAUGAAUGUCAACUGUAUUCCAACAAAUGAAUGCUAUACACCUCAAUUAAGUAAUAAUAACAUUAAUUCAUUACAGCAAACAUCAAAAGCCAUGAUGAAUUCGUCAUUUACUUCAUUACCAUUGGCACCUCAAUCAUAUACAGCAGUAAGUUACGAUUCAAAUGUAAAUGCAUCUAAUACAACAUUACCACCGUCUAGCUUAAAUUGGACUGAUUGGGACAUUUACAUUGGUCAUCAAAAUAACCUUCCUACUAAUAAUGUUAAUUAAUAAUUAUCUUAAUGCUAUUCAUCUUGUAUUUAUAACUUUUUUAUUUGUAUAUAUCUCAAAAUAAAUAAACUAUUUUUCUUGUUUGUAUUAUGCAAAUAUCCC